GGCCAGAUGCGCUUCUCUGGUUACAUAUCGGCCCGUGCGUUGUAUUAAUGUGACUGAAGGUCUCAGCCGACCUCUUCCUUUCUUGUGCAGCCGAGAGGUUUUGCAGCAGCGGCAGCAGCCACGGCCGGUACAAUACUUAAGAAGGCUCCUAGAAGGAUGGCAUCCCUCUUGGAGAUGAAGGAGAUGUUCCGCAGCGCCGACGCCGUGUGCUUCGACGUGGACAGCACGGUGAUCAGGGAAGAAGGCAUCGAUGAGCUCGCCAAGUUCUGCGGCAUGGGCGAUGCCGUGGCGGAGAUGACCCGCCGAGCUAUGGGUGGCACUGUGACAUUCAAAGCAGCUUUAACGGCACGACUAGGUCUCAUACGUCCCUCCUAUGAGCAAGUGCAGAAAUUAAUAUCUGACAACCCACCUCAGCUAACACCAGGAAUAAGGGAGCUGGUGAACAGGCUUCAGCAACGAGGGGUCCAGGUCUUCUUGGUCUCUGGGGGGUUUCAGAGCAUCGUGGAGCACGUGGCCUUGCAGCUGAACAUCCCCACAGCAAAUGUCUUUGCCAACAGGCUGAAGUUUUACUUUAAUGGAGAAUAUGCAGGAUUUGAUGAAACACAACCAACAGCUGAAUCAGGGGGGAAAGGAAAGGUCAUCACUCAUCUGAAGGAACAGUUCCACUUUAAGAAAGUAGUUAUGAUUGGAGAUGGAGCUACAGACAUGGAGGCCUGUCCUCCUGCUGAUUGCUUCAUUGGCUUUGGAGGAAACGUCAUCAGAAAGCAAGUCAAGGAGAAAGCUAAAUGGUACAUUACUCACUUUGAUGAACUGCUAAAGGAACUGGAAGAACGAUAAAUUAUACAAUAAAAUAAUAUAUUUAACAACUAUAAACCCAUUAUACAAU